ACGUUAAGAAAUUAUGAACUUGUUAGAAAUCCAAAAGAAGCACAAAAACAAGCGAAACCGAACGUACAUGCUAAUUUAAAUUCGUUGUCUGUUACACUCAAGAUGAUAUGGAUGUAUUUUGCUUGGUUAAAUAUUUGA